AAUUUCCGUUAUUCCCGCGGAUUCAUUGGAAAUAACCGUAAAAUGGGUCCCAAAAGACGAGCUGUAGACUCCAGUGGGACCCAAAAUGAUACAAAAAAGGAGAAAAACCCUGAAGCUGAUCAUGAAUUAUUCCUUCAAGCAUUUGAAAGUAGGUUUUUUGGUUAUUUUUCAUAAAUAGAUACGUCAAAGAUGGUCAAUGUUUACAUAUUUUCUUUGUCGAGUUAUGACCUAUUAUCGAUAGGCAGCAUCCAAAUAAAAUGAUGGUUAAACUUGACAGUAGACAAAACAAUGACCAUAUUGUCUAGAACCUUCAUCAGCAGAAAAGAUCCUCAAAAGUCUAAACUAGUUGAUAAAUUGCAACUGGGCCUCAAUAUAAAAUAAUUAAAGACUAUUACCAAAAAAAAGAUAAUCCCAUUUUCAUGUGUCAUGUGUUAAUCAAUUAAUCUAGGUACUUCGAUAAAGCAGGGACACUCACUCUUAGAAAAUUUGUAUCAGAAAUGGGCCUGCGCAAUGUAAUCAAGUUUUUAAUGUUUUAUGUGAGUGUAAUUUUAAUGAUACAUAGGCCUAAGUCCUUUUGGCCUAUAAUUAAGGUCUGACUCCGCCCAUUCAAAUGAGGAGAAAUGUUGACCUACAUUCCCAUUGAGUUUUUUUGUUCUUUAUAUCAACUUUAAGUGAGGAAAAUCGUAUGUCAAUAUAAUAUAAGGCAUCUUUCCCUCAAAAUUUUUUAAAGAAAUUCAAAGAUAAGGUCUUUCAUAUUAAAACUGGCAACGCAUUUCAUUGUAAAUUGAUGUUGCGGUGUGCCAAUGCCAAUUCUCAUUGAUUUUUUAUCUAGGUCAUGUCCAACGUUCGUUACAAUUAUCCUAGUAACCUGCAUUACCAUAUAAGGUCGCUCAACCUAAAUUCGACAUUGGCGUGGGCCACGCCCCCUUUUUAAUGGUGGAAGAUGCAGAUACUUGGGAAAUAUUUAAUUAUUACCACUAUUUACAUCAAAAUAUUUAAUAAAUUAUGUUUUAGAAUGAACUUAAAUCUUAUUGAAAGCAUACUAUUUUAAUUUGAGGUUUAAAACAUUCUGUACGGUAAAGGUCCAUAUUAUAAAUGAUCAUUAUUUGCAGUGUGCAAAAUAUCAUGGCCAUGAGCCAUGGGCCGCCAUUCAGUCACUUGCAUAAUGAGUAUACCAUACUGAGUUUUCAUUUCAUAAAAGUUUGCAGUGUGCAAAAACUAUUAAACAAUUGGUCAGGGAAAGCUUUAAUUAAUUAGUCAUGUGCCAAAGUUGAAAGUUCAAAAUCAGAAAUUCCCAAACAGUAUUUUAGUAAUAAGGGGAUGGAUUGCCUUAUAUAGAUUAUAUAGCAUAUACUAUACCGGUAUAAUGGAUGCCGUAGAUUUGGUAAACAGAAAAGCCAUAUAUUAAUACAUUAUAUUAAAUUGACUGAUAUACAUCGUAGUGCAUGGUUAGGUAAGCUACAAUUCAUCUAUAAUUGUAUAAUUAUAACAUUAUUACUAAAAUUAUUUUUUAAUACAGCAUUAGUUCUGAAAAAUAACGGUCAAAUAAAAUUAUCAUUAAAAUGAGAGUUAUAUAGCUUGUGAAGCGAAAAGCUGAAAUGAGUCACAGAAUGUGGAGAUGCGGUCCAUGUUAAAAAAGGAUAAACGACGUCGUAUUUUACAAAUUCAUAACUUUAAAGCUACAACAGCUAUAAAUACGAUUUUGGUUUAUAAUUCUGUAAAAAAAUUAGCUCUAUUCAACAAUGUCAUCGGUUUAUGACCAGAAUGUCAUUUCAAGCUUUAACUUUAGUACUUUUUGAGCUAUGAAUUUUUAAAGUGUGAGUUCGUUUGGUAUUUUUCGCUGAACCUCCACAUCUUGUAAACCCAUUCUGCUGAUCACGUCAUGUGCAAUAACUCUUGUUUUAAAGAUAAUUCUAUACAAAGUUAUUUCAGGAUUAAUCAGUAUAUUGAAAUUUCUGAUUUUAAAAUUUAUUUUAACCAUAUUAUGUAAUUAUAAGUAGGCUAAAUUUUAACUUAUCUAGCCCUAGCUAUGUAAUAUGCAUUAUAACAUUAAAUAUGAUAUGGAUGUUCUGUUUACUAAGUCUAGUGUCCAUUAUAUAUAUAUAUAUAUAAUCUGUAUAAGGCAGUAAGGUACUGGUUUGGGACUACUUAUUUUGAACUUUCAACUUUUGCUCAUGAUUUAUUAAUUAAAGCUUUCUCUGAACAAUGAUUUAAUGGUGUUUGCACAUAUCACAUGGCACAUUAAUUCUUUUAUGAAUAAAAAUAUGAGAAUAAUACUAAGGUAGAAUAGCAAGUGACUGUGAAUGGCUGCCCAUAACGUUUUGGAACACAGCAAAUUAUGGACUAAUUUAUAAUAUGAAUUCUACCGGGUUUUUACACCCCAAAUCAAAAUAUUUUUGUUUAAAUGCCUUUUAAGUUCAUUCAAAAACACAAAUUAUCAAAUAUUUUGAUAUAAAUAGUGAUAAUAAUUGAAUAUUUUUGGAGUAUCAGCAUUUUCCGCCAUUAAAAAGGGGGUGUGGUUGAAAUUAGGUUGAGAGACCUUUUGAUAAUGCAGGUUACUAGGACGAGCAUAACAAAUGUUGGACACGACCUACAUCAAUGAGAAUUGGUACACAUAUACAUCAAUAACAUACAAUGGUUCUCAAGUUUUAAUAUGAAAGAACAGUCUUUGAAUUUCAUAAAUAAUUUUGAGGGGAAGAUUCCUUAUAUAUACACCUAUGCAUUUCCAAUAUUAAAUCGAAAUGGCUAUUCGCACCCGGUACCAGAAUUGAGAGGUUGGGAUUAAAAAACUUUAAAAUAUUAUUGUUGGGUUCGUAAGACAAAAUGAGGUAUCAAAUGAAAGAUAAUUGAAGGGACUAUAUGUUUAUAAACUUAAUUCUUCAGUUUAACAAAAAUAAACUUACCACAAAUGACAUCCGAAUAGCAUUCAGUCAAAAUAGACCCGGAUGCAUCGCAGGCAUUCGCACCGGGGCCCAUUAGACUCAUGCUAUUUGGAUGUCAUUUGUAGUCAUUAAUUUUGGCUGGGUUUUGGGCAUAGAUUUUUGCCGACUCUGCAAAUUUUGGCCUUUCACCAACUUUGAAAUACCAAGCACUAGACAGCAUUGUUUAUAAAUAUACAAGAAGUCACUGUAAUUAAUGUUUAUGUAAAUGCCUACAGUUAAAAACUCGAAGAAGAAACUUCCAGUAUUUUUUCAAUCUCUAUCUGAUUUGCUUAUUAACUUCUCUAUAAAUUGAAGAAAUACAACAAAUAUAUUGUAUUGAAAUUGUGACGUCCUCAGUAAUUCAGAAAAGUGCUUUGCCUCUUUGUUAUGAGGACAAUUUGACGUCCUUGAUAAUUGAAAGUGGUUGCGCUGACAUCAGCGGUAAUGAAAAGGUUACCUAAACUUUGUUGAUUUUGUAUUAAUGUAUCCCUAACUUUUUUUAUUUCAAUGUCUUUUUUUCCUUUUGUUUAACUAGAACCAACUCAGAUAUAUCGCUAUUUGCGAACAAGAAGCAUUGUUUUGGUAAGUUUUAUUUAUAUUUGUCAUAAUCAGUAACUCUUUAAUAACUUGUCACAGAAAAUUUGUAAAAAUUAUCUAAACCUUCUCCCCACCUCCAAAUCUGUACAGACUGACUUUUAGUUAAAGAAUUUAUAGAAAUUUAUAUGUAUCUUUGAUCAUAUUUAUAAUUAUUGAAAUAGUUAAUCAAUGGUUGAUGGUUUAUUCGUAUUUUAAAAAAAGUUAAAUUACUGUAUCAAUACAAAUAAAAUUUAAUUCUUAAGUGUCAACCACAAGACUAAGAGGGAAAAAACACCAAUUUCAGCUCAAUCCACCUAGCUGAAACGAUGGUAUUGAUUUAUUAUAUCUCGAACACUGCAUUUUGUUUUCUUUUGUUUUGGGGAAAAAGAACAUAUUUUGUUGUACUCUUUUGUUUUGCUUGUGACUAAAAAAUUAGUUUUAAUGUUGACGAAGCAUACUGGGUUACGUUUAUCAAGAAGCGCAAAGUUAUGCAAAAAAAUAACUAGAGACACAAUAAGGAAUAAAAAUUAUGUACUAUUUUCUUUCAGCCAAUUUUCCUUCCAAGAACACUGUCUUAUAUGAAACAGAGACGAUCAGUUUCAAAUAAAAAGCGGUGAGUGGUUCUAUCUUAACACUUAAGAUAGUUUUAUUUUUAUUUAAAAUAAGCAGAGACUUGUACAGCUUUACCUUCCAUUAUAAUUUUUACAGAGCUACGUAAGAAAAAUUAAUUUUGUUAAAUAUUUAAAUUAUUUCACACAGGAAGACUUUCAAGGUUGACUCAAUUUUAGGAUCAGUUGAAGCAAAAUUAGAAAAGGAUGCAGUCUGUAAGAGGUUAGUCAAACUUAAGAUUGGCUAAAUUAUUCUCAACAAACUAGAGCUUCCGAAUUGGUUCCUUGUGCCCAUUUUUAUGAUUUUUCUAAUGAAUUUUUUUUUAUCAAUAUAUUAUUUGAAAAUGGAAGAGGGUGGGGGGGAUGGGGGGGGGGAAUGAUUCAGUAUUUUAAAGGCGUAAAGUCAUAAUUACAAAUUUAUACCAAUUUAAUGUACAAUUGUACAUUCAAAAGGGCAGAGAACUCCUAUGCUUUAAUUAUAAACUCUGAUGCUUCUGCAAUCUUCUCUUUACCAGAUACUAUUUAUUAUUUCAUUUAAAAAAUGAAGUAAUGAUAAUUUUUGGAAAGUACUCUUCUGUUUUAGAAUUAUUGAGAGGAAGUAGAGUUAUUUAUUUUCUAUCAAUAAUACUGCCUUUUUGUUAAUACAACCAACCCCGCCCCUUUUUUGAAGGAACAAGUUAUUGGGAGCUGACUGUUUAGAUGUUAUCUUUGAGCAGAUAAUUUAAAUAACUAUUUUUAACCUUGAUAAAACAUGAUUAAACUUAGCUUUUAGACUAAGCAUGUUUAAUUAAGUUAGAACAGUAUUUGUUAAAUGGUAUUUUUUUUUAUAUCUUUAAAAUAUAUGUGUAUUUAUAGCUGUGGUAAACUUAAAACAAUUUUUUCACCAGAUUGAGGUUAGAAACCCUACAGCUUUCAUUUUCUGGAUUCCACAUUGCAGAUUGUAAGUAAACAAUCUAAAUUAUUUUGUUUAGCUCUUGGUCACAAAUGUAUUAGUUGUAAGUUACGUCUUAUGGCAAGGCACUUUACUAAUAAAAUAUUUGUUAUUAAAUGUUUACAUUCCUUUUCUGUUGCAGUUGCCACAGAGGCAGAGUUUGCUGAUGUUGAAGUUUUGCUAUUACGUAUUUGUCAAAAGAAGAGAAAGGUAAGCAUAAAUUUUGAUUGCUGUUUGUCAAAAGAAGAGGAAGAUACGCAAAAAUUGAGAUUGUAGUGUUAUCUUGUCUUUUUAGAUAAUAUUUGAAAAAAAAUUAUUAUAAUUUUUUUUUUUUCAGGAAUCUUCAGUACCAAUAGUUCCCAUAAACCUAGCAAAAUUAAGAGUACCUGUCAAUCCUAAACCUUUAGCGGUUUACCCAGAUCAGGUUCUCGAAAUACCCAGUGAUACAUUUGCAUACAAAAAUGGACAUGUAGUAAGAUCUCAUGUCUUAUUAUUUAGAGUGCAGUGUGCAACCUUAAGAGAAACUAGUAGCUCUGGAAUUAAUGGAGAGAGUCACUCACCCAGUAAGUCAUUCAUUCUCUAUGUUACUCUUGAAUCUUAUUUGUGCAAAUUUACUUUCAAUUGUAGUUAAGCCUUAAAUUAAAAUAGAAUCUUUAAAUUUUGUAUUGAAAGUUCAGAGGAAAUUGAGUCUUCUUGUAACUGCACUUUCCUCUUAUAUCAUGAAUUUUAAAUAUUUUAAAUUAAACUAUACCAUCAUUUCAGGUGAACCUCCAAUUAAGCGUCGUCGAAAUGGAAGAAUUUCCUCAUUGGAAGAAGAGGUUUUAACAUUUUGUAGAGAGCUUGUAGUUUAUGAUAAAAUCAAAACCUGUUUAUUGACACAAGGAAAGUAUGAAUUAGGAGUACAAACAUCUGAUGGCACAGAGAGACUUAAGCUCAAUAAAGUAUGGGAAUCAUUUACUGGCAAGGUAAUUACAUGAAUUUUAAUGUUUUUGUGAUUUAACAUAUUUUAAAAAAAAUCUGGUCAUUGAAUCAUUUUACUGUAGCGUAAACUUUAGUUUGGGAUUUUAAAUGAUUAUCUGUUGUGAGGUCCUCAAGCUUGAAUCAUUAACAAGAGCACCAAUGUUGAAAAUCAUCAUUUCUUUUUGUGGAUUAACUAACUUGUGUUAUGGUAUUGUAGUCGUGGGAUAUGUGUAAGUGCAAGAUGUCUUUAUGAAGACAUGAUGGUGCUCAGUACAUAUACAUGUGAAAAGUGGAAACAGGAAGUAUACAACACCAAGACAGUAAACUCGGUCUUCAAUAAAAACUACAAGGUUAUCAAACAGAACAUUACACUAUCUCUACAAGGCAACAUACUGAAAAAAAGAAGACAAUCGAACAUGUCUGGGUGUCCAGUUCGAUUGGCAACUCAAUCUUUUGUACAUAAGAUUGGUGAGAUCAGUUAUGGAAUACAGUGUUGUACUACAGUCAAUUUGCAGCAAGACAGUACAGGACUCUCCAAAAAAGUACAAAGCCAGGUGGCCCAUUUCAAAGUCAUUGGAAAGUCAAAGAUAUACGCCAAUAGCAGCAGUGAUGGAAUACAGCUUUGUGCUACUGUCAAUUUGAAGCAAGACAGUACAGGACUCUUAGGGAAAGUAAAAAGUCAGAUGGUCAAUUUCAUCUCUGGAGAUCUAAGGUUACUCCAGCCGCAGCAUGCUAAAUACAUAUCAAUAUUGAGGUACUAAAUCUCAAAAGAGAGGCAGCAGUCAUUGAGACAGUUAAAAGGUACCGAAGGCUAUACAAGCAACACCGAAAUGGACAAAUGGUUGAAAAAUGGAGUCUGAACCAUAAAAUUAUACGGAAAUCAGUACUAGAUGUGGCCUCUGAAAUUGAAGAGAAACACCACCUACCAACAGACAGAGAAGUCUUGCAAAUCAUACCUAAUGACAUAUCCCCAAACCAACAUUUGCAAACUUCUUAUAAAAAGACUGACCCAAUAGAAGAAAUUGAAAAGUAUGGUCCCUGCUGAAAACAAACAUAGCAUCCUAUGCACAGGGCUGGAUUAACCAUUAGGCAAACAAGGCACAUGCCUAGGGCACCAAGCAUUUGGGGGCACCACAAGUCCUCAAGAAAAAUGUGUAUAUUGUCCAGGUAGCGUAAUUGCAUGGCAUAAGCAAAUCUCAAAUGUCAUAUUGAAUCGCACAUUAUUUAACCCCCACAACCCGGGGGUAAAAUACCCCCCACCCAGUUUUUUUGCUAAUUUUUGUUAUUUUUCUUCAACUUUCUUUUGCUCUAUUUUAUUUUGCUUUUCUGAGAUAUGUUUGUGCUACGUAACGCACUAAUGUGUAGCGACAAAUUCACUUCCGUUUUGGUCUGUUAGUGAAAACAAUUGUGAAUCGGGUCAGUCAAGCUCUACAAAAUGAGCACGUGAACUUGAAAACGUGUGCUGAUUUGUAUUCUUCACUAGCAGAUCACUUGCAUGAAUCUAGGGAUGAAUUUGAAAGAUUUGAAGAAGCUGCAAAAGAAAUAAUACCAGGUGUGGAUUAUAAGUCAACUUUGACCCGUAAUCGUAAACGAAAGACACUGGUUAUUGAUGGUGAUGCGCCUGAGGUAUCUCAGAAUGCCAGAGAAAAAUUUUGUAUAUCUGCUUUUUACACCAUUGUUGACAAACUUGAGACAGAGAUGAGUAGACGAGGACAGGUAUUUAAUGAUCUAGCAGUUCGAUUUUCUUGUUUGGUCGAUGUACCACAAACAUCUCAGUGUUGUGAAGGACUAAUAAAUGCUUAUCCUGAAGAUCUGAACAAUAAUUUAUAAACUGAACAACAACAGUUCCACUCAUAUAUUCGCCACAAUUUUCAUGCAUCAAAAUCUGAGAACAACACGUUCUGUCAUGCAGAACUUUACAAAGUAAUAGUUAGAGACAACGAGUGGGCUUUUCCAAAUGUAGAAAUCGCCUUGCUCAUAUUUUUAACAUUAAUGGUUACGAACUGUUCAAUUGAACUCUCUUUUUCUCAUUUGAAACGUACAAAAAAUCCAAGUAGAUCGACAAUGAAACAAGAAAGGCUUGAUUCCUUAUCUUUGCUGACGAUUGAGGCAGACUAGUUGCGCAAAAUUAACUUUGAUGAUGUACUCAAAAACUUUGCCAGACGUAAAUCUAGAAAAAAAGAACUUUAAAAUUUAAAUGUGUGCUCUCUCUGACUUUCUUAUCUAUCAAAAAAAUUACAGUAUUUUUGUCUACUAUUAUUACAAAAUUAAUUAACUAUUAAUUUUAAUACAGAAAUACCUUAUUGUAGGUUUUAUAUGAGUGAAAGUAGUGCAAACAUAUGUGUUUACAUUUCACAACUGUUAUUCUUUGUUAGUUUUUUUGCAUAAUAUUGAACAUACCAGCAGUCAGUGAAGGAUCGGGGGCAGUAGGGGGCAUCCAUGUGGGUUUGUGCCUAGGGCACCAAGAUGGCUUAAUCUGGCCCUGCCUUUGCAUAGGAUAUAAUUCAAAUAUACACAAAUGUCAGCUUUUAAAGGAGACAAAAUAAAGUACACAAUAAAGAUCAAUCAUUUGAUUAACUCUGAAACCCCUGUGGGGUGCUCUGCAAUAAUUAUGAAGCAGAUGCAACUGCCAGUGAAGUAGUGUUUUACCACCUGUUAGCAAUCUCCACAGUGUAUCCCAGCCCCAGCAUAAAAAGAAAUGACUUUUGCUGCUCCGAUUGACAAUCAAUUUAUCAGGCAGCUGAACAUCAAUAUCUUACAACAUUGGUAAAAUCACCUUUCUCAAAACCUAUGCAGUCAAUCUUGCUUUAUGAUGGAUACCAGGAAACCACAAUAUACCAGGAAAUGAGAGGGCAAACAAACCAGCAAGCAGGGAGCCUUCAAUGAACAGCCAAACAUACCUACAUCAAUCAUUCAUUUGCAUUUGAAAUUGACACUGGAGCCGGAGAAAAUUUUAUGUCUGAAUCUGUUUGGCGAAAGCUGGGACAACCCACAUUGAGCCCAGUAUCUGUCAAGUACGAGUCAGCGUCUGGUGACCUACUUAAUGUUUUGGGAGGUGUGAAGAUGCAUGCUGAGGCAGGGGAAAUAACUACAAAUCUGUCUUUUGUAGUAGUGAAAAACCACAACUUAAAUUUGUUGGGCAGAACUGCAAUAAAGAACCUCAGGAUUUCGAUAGACACAAUGUUUCAAACAAGGACAAAUCACAUUGCUAAUCAAAGCUUAUUGAUUAAAGCUCGUGAAAAAAUCCGUAAAUCAACUGAACAUUGCAAUACAGAUACUCUUAGUCGUCUACCCUCAGGGCUGGAUGCCAUUUUUGAUGUUGAAGAAAGUGAAGCAAACAUGGAUUCUGUUUGUAUGAUCAAACAAAUCAGUUUGCAGAUCAGACCAACAGACCCAGGAGUCCUUGCUAAAGAGUCACUUAAAGAUUCUACUGUGUCUACAGUAAUAAGAUAUUGUCAAGAGGGCUGGCCGUCCUCUACUACAAACAAAGAACACUUGAACAAGGAGGCAGCUAACAUAGCAGCUUUUAAAAAAUAUUCAAGACUCACUCUCCGUGGAUUCGAAUUGUCUAUUUUAUGGUUCAAGAAUUGUGGUACCAAAAAUACUACAAGCUCAAGUUCUCCAAAUCCUGCAUACAGGACAUUUUGGAAUUGAGCGGAUGAAACAGUUAGCAAGAUCAUCUGUAUAUUGGCCUGGACAUGAUACUCAAAUCAUGGAGAUAGGUCGGACAUGCCAAGCAUGUGCAGAAUACGCCAGAGACCCAAACAAAGCUAGUAUCCACCCGUGGAUGUUGCCAGAAAAACCAUGGAGUCGAGUGCAUAUUGAUCAUGCCAUUAACUUUAAGGGAUCACAUUGGCUGGUGUGAUAGAUGCUUAUUCAAAGUACCUGUGUAUCCACAGGACAACAUCUACAUCGACCAAAGCCACCAUUGAUCAUCUGGAGGAAGAUUUUGCUCAUUUCGGUUAUCCACACACCAUAGUCAGUGACAAUGCUACUUGCUUCAUCUCAGAAGAAUUUCAGCAUUGGUGUAAGAAGAAGGGUAUUGUACAUCUUGCAGGCGCUCCCUACUAUCCUGCUACGAAUGGAGCUGCAGAACGACUGAUUCAAAGUUUCAAGAAUUCACUAAAGAAAUCCUCAUUACCUUUGAAGGAAUCUCUACAAGACUUUCUGCGUCAGUAUCGUAGGACACCAUUGGCAAGUGGAUUAUCACCUAGCCAACUGCUAAACAAUCGGCAAAUAAGAACACUUAUUGAUACUCUAGUUCCCUCACCUGCUCAUCAAGCACAGGGACAGCAUCUUAAAGAAAUACUCGUUUGCAAUGGGACAAACAGAAGUCCUAGUCGAUCAUUUAACCGGGGAGAUCCAUGUUACGUCAGAGUAUAUGGAACAGCAACAGACUCUAAACCACGAUGGGCUCUCGGUACAAUCAUCCAAGUUAUGGGUCCACGUCUUUUCAAGGUGAAGAUUUAUCCGAAUGGUCCCACAUGGUAGAGACAUUUAGACCAACUUCGCCCCAGGUACGGAGCAGAAGAAGAUUCAGAACCAGGUUUGGAUAUAAUGACAAGUCUUUAUCCAACAGCUCAGGCAGCCCUGAGUCAUCAACUGUCUACACAUCCAGCAACUCCAAGUCCACCUAAGAAGAAGAUUAACCCUCGACAUCCAAGACCUUCAGACUAUGUCAUACCCAGAAGAUCUCAAAGACAACGUCGAGCACCAUUGUUACUGGACUUGUAAUUGUUCGGGGAGGUGUUAUGGUGGACUAGCGGAUUGGCCCGUACAGAUAGCCAGCCAAGGAAACAGCGUGCAUGCGCAGAGAGACUGGACAGAGGGUGUGUGUUUAUGAACUGUGUUCCGGACGCAAACAGAAAGUCAACACCUUAUUGAGAACUUGUAUUUAUGUAUAUAUAUGUGUAUGUUACGUGUUUGAAAUAAAAACAAUGAAAACAUAACACUUUCUCAAAACCUAUGCAGUCAAUCUUACUUUAUGAUGGAUACCAGGAAAUGAGAGGGCAAACAAACCAGCAAGCAGGGAGCAUUCAAUGAACAGCCAAACAUACCUACAUCAAUCAUUCAACACUGCAAAAAAAAAUUUAUCAGAGCUAACAAAAAAAAAGAAGAGAUGGGCUAUGGCUCAACAGGAAGAUGUUAUCACUCACAUGCCUAGCCCAGGCACUAAAGAUAAAAUACAUUGCCUCCAAACAUUGACACACAUAGGUCAUAAUCUUUCGCCUGCGUAUGGGACAUACAAUUUAAUUCCAACCUUAAGCCAAAUAAAACACUAAUGUGCCCCCUCUGCAGACAACAGAAUGAGACAAUAACACAUCACCUUUUUCACUGCCCUGUACUUAGGAACUUAUGUCUUAAUUAUCUACCAAAAACACUAUGCCAGACCUGUUCACUCUUUUGAUUUUGGCGUACAAUGUAUGAUUUUGAGGUGUGUUCAUUUUAUAUGCUGUAUGUUAUUAUUUUACUAUUAAGAUAAUGUAUUGAACGAUUUUUUGAUGAUAUUGUACAAUUUUAAAAGUUUGAGGGUAAACAGGCCUGCUAUGUCACACCAACACUCUAUUUACAAAGAAGAGCUGCAGGGAGUGUGUCAGUUCUUCACCAUGGCCUUGUUCAUAAGGCCACAUGCUCAAAUGGUUACUGCAUCUAAAUCAUGAUGAUGUUGUAACUUAUAAAUGAUCAAAUUACCUUAAACAUUUCCUAAUUUAAAAAAAUAUCAUUUAGGAUUUUUAAAAGAAAGUAAAUAAGGCAUCUCUCUGCACCAUAGGUAAAUUUUGGUGAUCAAGUGUCCAUCCUAAAACAAUGUCUUAGCUCAACAUUUGAUCAAAAUAUAGACAUGGACCUAUGAUAAUGAGUGUAUAAUUUUUAUUUCUAAAAUCAUGAUGGCAUACACCUAAACUCUAGUAAAUCUAUUAAUAAUUAAUUAUGCGAUGUGACAAAUAAUCAUUGCCAUUUUUUAUAUCUUAGUUCUAGGUGUAAAAGCAGAAUAGAUAGAUUACUAUAUAGCUCACUGUCAUAUUUAUUGUAAUUAUUUACAACAAAAAAAUGAUUUUGAAAAUUGAAAAACAAAACAUGUAGUUUGACUGACAUCUUUUGUCCAUUCAGUUUCUGGUCAUUGUUAUUCUGUUAUUGUUCAAAGCUCUUAAUAUAUUUCUAGGAAGUCUUAUAAUUGAAAAUCAAUUUUAAUACUGUUUUCCAAAAACUUAAAAUCUGUUUUCUUAAAAAAUGUAUGUGAUAUUAAUAAUUUUAUUAUAAUUUUCCUGAUAUAUUCCAUGUGUGUUGGAAAAUUGAGCUGAGCAAAAGAAAUUUUAUAUACUGUUCUAUGAUUUAACAAAUUCAAUCUUGUUUUAAGAUUUUGCUCAUGAGAUGAACUAUACGUAACAGGACUGAAAACCAAAGCUAGCGAUAUUAACAAUAAUCAGUUUAUUUAUACUAAUAAUUCUGAUAUGGAGUAGAAACUCAAAUAUGUAAAAAUAAUACAAAACUUUGUUUAUUUACUGCACAUAAAAAUAGAAAGGUUAAUAGAUUAAUCCACACACACAGUGAAAAUCGUCUCUUGAAGCUCUUUUGUCUCUCUCUACCAGUCACAUUUGACUGUCUUAUUUAUGGCCUGUGAGGGAGUUGUUUCUCAAAUUGAACCUUCAGUCUAGAAGGGCAAGCAAUAGUUCUCCAAUUCUAUAAUCUACUAGUAAAUUCAAGAUAAGUUGUGUUUCUAAGAUAACCAGCAAACACAAGGAAAAUUGGUUAAUUACACAAAUAAAAGGGGAGAUAAUUUUACAGUAAAACUGGACGGUGAACCAAAAUUGCGUUUAACAAAAUCUCUGUUUUAUAGGGCUAUAACACUCACACUAUAAAGAAUAUCAAAAUUGGCCCAAUUUCUAAUUAUUCUUAUUUAAAGAAAUGUUAGUGUGAAAAGCUGUUUUUUUAUUUAAAAUUAUUUUAUAUUUAAAAAUAAUUUCUUUUUCAGAAUGUCAGACCCUUAGAAUUGUUCACAGACUAUCCGACCCUCAAGUUUACUCUGACUUGGCUCGAACAUGAAGAGAACAAUAAAAAAUGUCUUGAAAAUACAGCUCAGUCACGUGUCCCUCCCCCUCGCUGUGAUCUUAUAAACGGAACCUCAGAUUUCUCAGCAGCAUUUGAGAAAUGUAAGGUUUAUCAGAGGGGUGUAAUCAAAGGUUUGCCUUUUGUUUUACCCCAUCUCUUUCUUGUUGUUUUCCUUGCCCAGCACUUUUAAGUAUUAAUUCAAGCAAAGUCUGUGCACAUUUAUUUUCUUCCCAUAACAAAUAAAACACUUCGCUUGCACAACUCAGUAAUCUAGCAACUAGUGCAUGUUUGUACCUGUUUACCUUGUGACUUAACUUAUUAAUGCUCUUGUUUGUAAUUCAAGUUUGAUAGGACUUCAAAAUGUUGUGUUUAUUUCCAAUCAGGGGUGAAGUCAGAGUACACAGGUCCCAAAACUAGAGACAGAGAGGGAAGUACACAGUUAACACCAAGAAAGCGACUGCGCGUUUUCUAUCAGUUUACCCACAAUGAUUGCACCCAGCAGGAAACUGAGGCAAGAGAUGACCUCAGGUGUCCAUGGUGUUGUCUAUCAUGCCAGCAAUUAUACAGUUUGCUCAAACAUUUACGCCUUUGUCACUCACGAUUUAAUUUUUUGUACAUCGUAAGUAUCAUUUCAGUGCAAAAGUUUUAAAGGGCAUAUUGCCAGCUGUACAUUUUGAUCAAAUUAAAAUAAGUUUUUGAAUAGAUAAAUUCGUUUUGAACUAUUGCUACUUUUUUUUUAUAUUAUGAAACAAGCAUUCUUCCUUUUUAAAAAUUGAGAAUGUUACAUUUCAGCCCCAUCCUAAAGGAGCUCGCAUUGAUGUUUCAAUUAAUGAACGAUAUGAUGGAUCUUAUGUUGGAAACCCUCAAGAUAUUCAUUCCCAUGUAGGCUAUGCCUUCAGUCGCAGCAACCCAGUUAGAAGGACACCUAUAACACAUGUUAUUGUUUACAGGUAAUUUUCAAUACUAGUUAAAAGGGUCCUAACACGCCAGGUCAUUGGAUUAGGAAAUGUUUUCAAAAUAUUUGAAUCACAUGCCUUUCUUUUAAAAGUUAAACUAGAUUUUACUCAAGAAAACUUGUUUUAGCAGUGUGUAUGUGUGUUUUAUUUAUAAUUUUUACUGCUUCGUUUCAACAUAAAAAUAAUUUGUUUACAUUCCUUCUGCAAAUUACCCUCAUACUUAGCUACCCCUGAGUUUGAUCAAGUUUAUUAAAUAGUUGUCUAUUUUAACUUUUUUUUUACAUUGUUUCUCUUUUAUAGACCUAAACGUGCACCACCAUCAUUAUCUGAAUUCCAAGAGGCAGAAUCAGAAAGUGGACUCAACAGACAACUUAUUCAGGGGCAUAACAGGUUGUUGAUUUAAUAGAAAAAUUAAGCAAGUCCAUAAACUUAAAUUGUGAAAGCUUUUGACUGCUUAAUUAAUUCUAGAAUUUAUUUGAAAUAAUUCAUUUAUGUAUAUAUAUAUAUCCUGAAAAGUUUAAAUAAGACCCCAAAAUAAUACGGGGGACUCAAAUUUUAAUCCUUCAAAAAAUCUUUGAGUGAAUUGUCUUUAUACUGUUCUUAUUACCAGACUUUACUUCCACACUGUGACGUGCCAACCAGUCAGACCUCAGGAACUAGAUACAGAGGGUAGAGAAGAAUCCAAGCCAAGGUGGUUGAAGCAAAAAACUAUAAUGGUAAAUUUAUUAACAGCAAAGUUUUUUUAAAAUCUGUGUGUCUGUAUACCAGUUUGAAUAUGUUAAAAAAAUGUUGAAUUCUAAGAGUAAAAAAACCUGAUAAAAUUAUGAUACAUCAGUACUCAGUUUUUAUAGCAUCUUUAAAAGCCUAUGUCAGUUUUUGUUGGGGUUAAAACUGAUGUUUUUCAAAGUUAACAUUUAUUUGAGUGGAUAUAGCUAUUGAAUAUUUUAUUUGCAAAAUUUAUUUUUAAACUUCAAAGAAAAUGUUGUGAUAUUACAUGUCUGCAUUUGGAAUGUAAUAUUGAUAUUUUCAUAGAAGAUAUAUUGAUAUUUUCUUAGAUGAUUGAUGAGUUUACAGAUGUGAAUGAAGGCGAGAAGGAGCUUAUGAAAAUGUGGAAUUUGCAUGUCAUGGAAAAAGAGUAAGUAUAUUUAAUUUUAAAAUUAUCUUUUGAUUUAAAAAAAAUUAGAAUUCUUAAUAUGAGCUCAAUGUCAUCAGUAAGUUGUCUUAGUACAUGAUUUCAGAUUUCUCUUUCUUUCUCACUCUACUUAUCAUCAGUUCACUAUUUCAAAAAAGUGAAAGUGGUUACUUAUGUUAAAUUUUUGGGCAUGUGUCAAUAAAAUUUUGAUUGACUUAUUUAUAAAGUCUACACACAUUUUGCAAUAAUUAUCCUGAAAUUCUCAGUAUAAAUUAAAUAAAUAGAAUAAUGUUUUUUUAUUUACAAUGAUGCUGUAAAAGUAUGCAAUGUUUUUUAGGAAUUAUGUUACCUUGUUUUUUCACAAUUGAGCUUUCACAAUUGAGCUUUCACAAUUGAGCUCACUUAUACUAGAAGUAAUAGUAAUAUUUAGACUACCAUAUAUUCCAUGUGCAUGUGAGGUAUGUUGUUUGGCUAACCCAGUGGCUCCUAAAUUUGUUCGAUUCCUUGUACCCUUGCAAAAUUGUUACAUUCUAACUAGUACACUUUGAAAUAGCCUACAUGUUUUUAAGAAAAUGAAAAAAGUGUCAAGGAAAAAUAAAUUUAAAAAUAACUCCAGACAGAUAAUUCAUCUAGUGAGGUACUGUUUGCUAGAUUUCAUAUAGCAUGAAGAAGGGGAAUAUAAUUGUGUAAUAGUUAACCGUGCCCCUGUGAAGAAGCCAGGGCAGAGCCUGUAAAUGGCGCCCUCAGUAUAUAUAAAAGUGUAUAUAAAAGAAAAAAGUACAGUGCAGACAAUUUUAACCGUCCAAAACCGAUUUUUUUUGUUUUUUUUUUUUGAUGGCUUAAGGUAGAAAGCUCAUUUGUAUGUAAACUUAUGGGGGUGUCCAAAAAAGGAAUGGGGGGGGGGGGUCCGAAGUUUUCCUUCUUUGCAUACCUACUAUAUGUAUGGCCCCUUAUUGAAAGCAUCUUAACUAUUUUUUUUUUAAUAUUUAGGUAUAUAGGAGAUUGCAUGUUUCCCCUAGCAAGCUUUACUUUUUAAUGGGGGGGGGGGUCCGAAGUUUUCCUUCUUUGCAUACCUACUAUAUGUAUGGCCCCUUAUUGAAAGCAUCUUAACUAUUUAUCUUUCAAUAUUUAGGUAUAUAGGAGAUUGCAUGGUUCCCCGAGCAAGCUUUACUUUUGUUGAAGAGCAUGGUGAAGAGAUUAUACGCAAAAAUUUGUGUAGAAACUUCUUGCUUCACCUUGUUAAUCUCUUCGACUUUAGUCUCAUUCGGCCUGAAGUUGUGCAGCGCGCAUAUGCCAUGUUGGAAAAUCUACGUCAUUCGAUUUCCUCUCAAGGAAAGAAAUCAGGUUCUUGAUGUUAACUCAGGAUUAAAUUAACUACCAAAGGCAGUCAUUAUUGUAGUUAAGUUUUAUUAUAAACAGCAGUCUCUACAAAUGUUUGUACAGUUGUAAACAAGUGCUAGUGCUAUGAAAGUAACUUUGUGUAAUUGUUAGCCAUACAUGUGUCAUGUUUAUUUGCUGAUCAUAGAACAAAGUAGACAGAACUUAACUAUCAAAUAAAGAACCAAGACAGUGAACAUAAAAUUAUAAAUAAAUAUAUAUUUCUACAAACUCAAGAAUUAUUUCAUUAAAAGUCUACACUACACCUUUAACAUAUAUGGAAGAAUUAAGUCUUUACAAAAAACAUUAAUUAGAGUAAUUUUAUUGUGAAAGCUUUCCAAAAUGCUAAAAGUUUUCCAAAAUGCUAAAAGCUUAUAACAUUAAAAAAAAUUGCUAUUGCUUUUGGAGCCAUAUGACAUGGUAUUGGUCUGGUACUCAACUUGAGGCAUUCUUUGAAUUAAAGCACAGUUGUGAGGCAUUGUGGGUUAUUAACAUCACAUAAAAGGAGUUUAGCUGUAAAUAUAGUUAAAUCAAGAAGUAUGCAUUAGCUAUCUAUGAGGUGGAAUACAGAAAGGAGGGUUUCAGAAACAGCACUAAGUUGAGAGUUGUUUUUUCUCAUCUUUUUGCCCUUGUAAAUUGCCUUUUAUCCUCCUACCUCUUAUAGACUGAUUGAUUAAUUUACUAGUUAUUCAAUACAAGAAGUGAACAGCAUUUGCAAAGAUGGUAGUAGUAUAAUUAGCAAUAUUAUGUAAAUAGAUUGUGUACAGGUUUGUUUGCCUCAGCCUGAUGAUGUUGUCAAUCCUUUGUGCCUCACUUUCAUUGUGAUUUCAUUUACUUUGUUCCAGUGGCUAUGAAGUGGAAAUGUAUAUUAUGUCUUGAUUUCUAGAUAUAUGUAUCAUGGUAUCAUAAAUUUCAUCUGCAUGCAUUCCAAAGAAAUAAAGUUUCUUAAAAAUGUAAAUCGCUGUCAUUAGGAAAUGAUUUUUUUGUGUUGGUGCAUGUCAUUAUUGAUUGGAAUAAUGCUGAAAGCCAUUCUUAAAUACUUGAUGUAUGAUGCUGAUAUUCUUUACGAGUGCUAUGAUGUGAAUAUAAAAUUAUUUUGAUGAUGUUCAUAUUUAAUGCUUAUGUUUCAUUUGUCUUCAUCAUCUCUCAUCCAGUAAGAAAAAGUCAAAAUGUGUUAAGAAUUUUGAGAAAUAUACAAGUAUUUUAAGUGAAUGCAUGUUUGUGCCUGUUUAAUCAAUGAGAAUUCUUGAUAUGCUACACCAGAAGCUCUGGCACCUGGUCCAAUCACAGCACUUUAUUUGCUGUGACACUUGUGUAUGUCUAAAGGCAGCACUAUACAGAUUUUUAUUUACCAAGUCAGCACAGGUGCCAUUCAGCCAGUUUGAACAAAAACGAAAAAGUUGUGCAUCUAGUCUGUCUAAUUUAAAUUCAUAUUUUAUGAUUUGAAAGGUAAGGUCAACAAUACAGUAUAAAUAUUAGCUUUUGGAAGAUAGAUUUAUUGGAGUUGGAGAGUGAAGACUCUGGAAGAUAUUUUUAGUUUUAUUUUGUGGGGUUAUGUCUUAUGAUAUAAUAUUUAUUUAUUCAC